UCGAUUUGUGUUAUCAAUUGGAAAGCACUCAAUAACUCUACCAAUGUCCGAAUAUAUAGCCAUCUCAUUUUGAGUGCAGAAAGUAUUCGAAAAUCGGUAGAAGGAAAGAACUGAACUCAAGUGCACUUACGCUUAAAUGCCUGCAAAGUAUAAACAAAGCAGCUGUAAAGAACAGAUUUGAAAAGAAUUUUAUGAUUUUAUUCUUGACAGUGAUACAAAAUAAAGAAUUUCAACGAAACUCAAUUGAAAUUUUUAUAUUCUGAUUCAUAGACGUUCCUAGCACGAUGGCGACAACUAUGUCACAUAUGUGAUCGCACGUUGAUUUUGUGGUUAGGUUGACGUUUAGCCGACAGUUUCGUUUCAAGAUACAUUAGUUAUAAUCUUACAGAAUGGAAGUAAACGUGGGCGAUGUGGUAAUGCCUGGCGACAGUUUAAUAAACAUUAAGAAUGAAAAUAAAAACGAGAAGGAGAUCGUGAUCCUGGGUCCUGGACUGCGUCGUGAGGGCAAUACCGUACUCAUCUGCAAGGCGGGUGUUCUAAGGAAACGUGAGCCGGCCGUCUAUUAUGUGGACAGCUAUCAGAAACGAUACAUUCCCAGUCGAGGCGAGAACGUCGUUGGUAUAGUAACACAGAAAAGCGGCGACAUUUACAAAGUGGACAUCGGAGCCAGUGAACAGGCGACGCUAUCUUAUUUAGCCUUUGAGGGAGCUACGAAGAAAAACCGACCUGAUAUACAAAUUGGCGAUUUGGUGUACGCCAAAUUGUUGGUUGCCAGCAAGGACAUGGAACCGGAAUUGGUAUGCGUAGACUCCCACGGCAAAGAGAAUGAGCUCGGUAUGCUCAGCUCAGAUGGUAUGAUGUUCACCUGUUCGCUGAGCCUCAUAAGGAAAUUACUCAAUCCGGAGUGUCCGUUGUUUAGGCUGCUCGGCCGGAAUCAGGCAUACGAACUCGCUGCUGGGAUGAACGGCAGGAUAUGGAUAAAGGCGCGGUCAGUUCAAGAGACGAUAGCCGUGGGAAAUGCUAUUCUAGCAGCGGAGUACACAAUACCUAGUGAAAUGCAAAAACUUUGUACCAGAAUUGAGAAAAUAUUAUUUGACAAUUGUAUAAUAUAA